AGGCUCGCGGCGGUGCGAAGUCGAAACCAGAGCUCGACGUCUGCUCGUGGAGAAAUGUCUGCGGAGAAAGAAGGCUCCCUUGCAGGUCGCCUUGCCGUGGUCACUGGCGGAGGUGGCGGAAUCGGAGGCGCCAUCUGCCGAGUACUAGCCGAGAGAGGAGCUCGCGUCGUUGUCACCGACAUAAAACUGGACGCGGCACAGGCAGUGGCCAAAUCACUCCCAGGUGAAGCUGAUCACCGGGCUGUGCAGGUGGACGUGGGAGAGUCGGCGUCCGUCGAACACCUGUUCGAGGUCAUCCGGGGGUUCAGUGGCGACACGCCGGUCAGCAUAGUCGUCAACUGCGCCGGCAUUGAUACACCCUUCACUUUAAUCACUGACUCGAGCGAAGCAGACUUCGAUCGUGUGAUAAGGGUCAACCUCAAGGGCCCAUUUCUAAUGAGCCGCGCCGGCAUCCGCCACAUGCUCUCCGCGGGCGUGAAGGAAGGCACCGUGGUCAACGUGUCCAGCAUCACUGCCAAGAGCGGCUUCCCUGGUCUCAGCGGCUACGCGGCGUCCAAGGCGGGCGUGCUGGGCCUCACCAAGACCGUGGCGAUGGAAGUGGCGCCCAUGGGGAUCCGUUGCAACGCCAUUUUGCCGGGCUACACGCUCACGCCCAUGUCCGCCCACAUGAGCGAGGAGGACCGCGUGGCGUACCUAGCCGGCAUUCCUCUCGGCCGGGCAGCGCAGCCGCGCGAGAUGGCCGAGGUGGUGGCCUUUCUGUGUAGUCCCCAGAGCUCGUACAUCGUCGGCGCUGUGGUCAACGUCGCCGGAGGAGCAUCACCUUAA